CUGCUGCAAGCUAAGGAGCUGAGUUGAGCGUUUGCGGGCUGCUGGCUGCCGCUUAGGGUUCCAAAUGAAAAUGUUUGAGAGCUUUGACUCUACAGCCACAAGAUCUGGCCGGGACCUCUGGGCUGAAAUCUGUUCCUGUCUGCCAAAUCCUGACCAAGACGAUGGUGCCAACAAUGCUUUCUCAGACUCCUUUGUGGAUUCGUAUCCUGCAGGUGAAGGCCAGCAGGAGGCAGCUGACUUGGCUGUCCAGCCAUCUCUACAGCCCUGGGCCCCUUUGCAGGAUUCAGAAGUGUAUUUAGCAUCUCUAGAAAAGAAACUGAGAAGAAUCAAAGGUUUAAAUCAGGAAGUGACCUCUAAGGACAUGCUUCGAACCCUGGCCCAGGCCAAGAAGGAAUGCUGGGAUCGGUUCCUCCAGGAGAAGUUAGCAUCAGAAUUCUUUGUGGAUGGACUCGAUUCCGAUGAGAGCACCUUGGAACAUUUCAAGAGGUGGCUGCAGCCAGAUAAAGUUGCCAUCAGCACAGAGGAGGUCCAGUAUCUGAUUCCUCCCGAAUCACAGGUUGAGAAGCCGGAGGCCGGGGAGGAGCCAGCAGCAGCGGAGCAGUAAAUUACACGCACACGCGGAGCAGCUGUCUCGGGCCCACAGGGAACGGUGGAGAACCUGCGGAGGGAAAAAGCCCAAACUGCUGUCCACAGAGCAAACAGCCGCAGGCCUUGAGGACAUGCUCGGGGCUGGCGCAGGAGAGCGUGACUGUAUGGGAUGAAGCCCCUGACCCCGUGCGCGCAGGAUCGAGGUACAGCUUUCCUCUAUGCCUCGUGGCUUGGCUGAGCGCUGAUGCUGCACGUUGGAGGUCUGCUAAGAACCUAGUGAAGAAUCAAGUGUGAAAGUACUUGGAGAAACCAGUGCCCUUGUGUAUAAUGUCUCAGUGAGCCGUAUAUUCUCUUGCCUCUUCUGGGGGUUCCCUGCCUGUGUCCCAAGCAUUCCCUCAGUAAAUCGUUUGGGGUGAGUGGGGCCAAGGAGAAUGAAGUCUGCCUCCUUGAUUCCAAGCCUGCCUGGGGCUUCUAUAACAGGUCCAUAGUAAAUACAGUGACUGGGCUUUUCCUUUGUUUGAUUGUUCCUUAUGGGGACAGUGGGCAAAAGACGUGUGUAAAUGUGGGAGUUAUGUAAGUGUGUAUAUGCCUUUUUUUUUAUUUCAUGCAUGGUUUCUCCUCCAGCCUUCUCCUGCACUUAAAAAGGGCCAGGUUCUAAAUUAGAAUUGUAAAUAUGGUGUUAAUGUUUGACACCACUCCUGAAUAGUUCCAAGUUUGUUCCUGGUGACAGCUUUCCUGGCUGAGCCUCAGCUUCCCUCUUUGUUUAUCAUGUUCUUAUUCAGUAUAUGUCCAUAUAAAGCUUUUAUCAUCAGAA